AUGUACAAACAAUUUCUAUUUUGCUGCAAGGUUACUUUGAAGCGAUUUCAGUGCACAGGUCUACCCUAUGAGGCCAGCAAAUUGCAUUAUUGCCAUUUAGAAACAUACCGGAACGGAACUCAAAUAGCUAGUGUGGUAACCGAAGUUUUGUACACCCUCCAAAAAGUGUAUGUUGCCGCUGGCUUGUAUAUACAGUACUUUCGCACGCGAACACAACUGUUGACUACUACGAUGGAGUACUGCCAACAUCAAAGAGAUAAGAUACCACUGCAAAGCUCUUCAGCCAUCUUUGCUAUGGGGUAUGCUCAGCAACAUUUACCACAGCUGUUAACAGAAUGCCCUGUUCGAGCUAAUAAGGUAUUUAACAUUACUGGUUUGCGUAUCGAUGACUCGAUGGUUCCAUCGUUCGUACCUCCGGGAACAUAUUAUGUGGAGCUGAGGGUAUGCAACAAACGCAACCAAACUGUCUUCCAAGGAUCGUUGGAGGCAAGCAUCAAAUAG